CAAUCUCCUUAGAACCGUGAAGCUGCUCUUGUGAGGUGUGGCGGUAGCGGGGGCGCGCACGGUUGGACGGCCACUUACGUCACUCAGGUUGUUUUGUGGGUGUGCUAGGGACAUAACGCGAACGCGCAUCGCUGGUUGUUCACACUGAGCUGCUCCCGCCUGUGUCACUCAAACCCCGGGUAACCUCUUUCAUAUUACGUUUUGUCUGCCUCAGCGACUAUCGAAUUUACAUUGGAGAUAUGGGUUGUUUUUUCUCAAAGAAAGCGAAGAGGAAGGGGAGUAGCAAGGAGGCUAAAGACGGCGAGCAGCAGCAGCAGCAGCAGCAAGAUGGGGAAGAAAGCAAGCAGUAUAGCUGGGAUAAGAGAGAGAAGGUAGAUCCAAAGGAUUACAUGUUUAAUGGGUUGAAGGAUCAGACUGUAGGACGAUUGCCUGAUAAAGUUGCUGGCCAACAGUUUGUUAUACAAGAGUGUGAAAACUGUAACAUCUAUAUUUUUGAUCAUUCUGCAACUAUCACUAUAGAUGACUGUACAAACUGCCACAUAUUUCUUGGGCCUGUUAAAGGCAGUGUAUUCUUUCGGGACUGUAAAGACUGCAAAUGCGUUGUUGCCUGCCAGCAAUUUCGCACCAGAGACUGCAGAAAAAUGGAUGUGUUUUUAUCCUGCACCACCCAGCCAAUAAUAGAGUCAUCCACCGGCAUGAAGUUUGGAUGUUUCCAGUACUAUUACCCAGAACUGGCAUUUCAGUUCAAGGCUGCUGGAUUAAGCAUCUUUAACAACACGUGGAGCAAUGUCCAUGAUUUCACCCCUGUAUCAGGAGAAACAAACUGGAGUCUUCUGGCCAGUGACGCUGCGAUCUCUGACUAUAUUCCACUGCCUGAUUCUGAAGAACUGAAAGCUGUGAGGAUUUCUACAGAUGUAAAUAAGAGCAUUAUUCCAGUGACCUGGGGACAGAGGCAGAAGAAGAGUGAGGAGUCCUGCUUGGUGGUUUUCUUUGCUGGAGACUACACCACAGCUAAUGCCAGAAAGAUGAUCGAUGAGAUGGUUAGUAAGGACCUGAGUCUUAUUCAGACUAAGGAGGUUGCCAUGAAACCAGAGGAUGCAAAAAUAUUCCAAGACCAAGCUACUGACUUAAUUCCAUUAUUGGAGAAAGGUCCUGUGAUUGCUUUGGAGUUUAAUGGAGAUGAAGCAGUAGAGAAGUGCAAAUCAAGUGUAAAUGACAUUUUCAGUGGUACACAGGUGUUUGUUUCAGAAAACAAGACCUCGUCAUCUCGUGAUGUGGACAAUUUCUACAACUUUGCCGAUAUGCAGAUGGGAAUGUAGAAUGCUGGCAUCAUUCUUAAAAAGCACCUUUGUUUACAUGCAGCAGAACUGUUUCUCUGUAUUAAAGCUUGUCGCAUUUUUUUUUUAAAAUAUAUUGUUUGUCACAAUAGUAUUCUACCUGAGUCAUGCAAAAGACCAUUUUGUGCAUAGUGUAAGCCAAAGGCUUUUUAGUGCUAGUUAUAGCAAAUAUGCUGCAUGCAAAUUCUCACCCUGCUGUACAGAACCACAUUGGGUUUGUUCUUAUUGUGAACAAAAUCUCUCCAAGGAGUUCUUCGGUACAUAACUGGUUUAUGAACUGAAUUUACUUUUUUUAAUGCUGAUGAGAAGGUUUCAUAUGAAUGUAUAUACUCUGAAACUGCUGGCAAACUGCUAUAAAUGUGAACAAAACUAAAAAAGGUUUUUCAAUGUGCUUUUUUUCCUUUUGCAUUUUUUGUAAAGAAUUGUUGUAGGCCCAAACUUUUUAAUAUGUACAUUUAUAUUAACCAGACUUUUAUUAUUGACUUUUGCUAAAACAGAAUUAUUACAAAAUACAUUAAAUGUCCAGAUGUAUUUUCUAAAAUACAAAGGUACUUGCUGAAAAUCAAUUAGUGCUGGAGUUAAAAGAUAGAUAUAUAUAAUCAUGUUCACUUUAAAUAUUUAUAUGGUAAUUGUAUUCAUGUGCAAAGGUUUCUUUAUCAUUUUCAUUGAAAUCAUUAUUUGUUGUUUUUUCUCUCCAACUGCUUAAUGAAAUGCACUCUAAUCAAUUUUUAUACUGUGAACCAGUGAUUUCUUCUGAGGUUAUUAAAUCUAUGGUAAACUGUUUUAAGAAA